AUGUCAAAGACUACUAUUUCAUCUGGAAAGAGAUUAUUGAGAUCUAGUUCGACCAUUAUCAAGAAUUUCCCUAAAGAUGGAAACAAAAUUGGUCCAAUACAAGAUGAAGAUAUACCAAGCUUAGAACCACCGUCUACUCCAAAAAAGAAGGUCAAAAGAGAUCACAAUGUAAACAAAUCUCCAAAGAGCCCUGAUAAAGUAUCUUUUAGGCAAAGAGAAGCACAUUUACUCGAAAAGUUCCCAAUCCCUUCAGAUCUUUCGUUACCAGAAUCAUUCACCUCCCUACACAAACCUGGUUUUAACGAUGCACUAAAAUACAUCAUUACCAAAGAUCCUUCGCUAUAUCCAUUGAUUAUAAGCGAACCAUUCAAGCAGUUUCAUAUUGAUGAAAUACCAGGCUCGUCCGAUCAAGAGCAUUUUAUAAAACUAUGUCAUAGUGUCAUUGGUCAACAAGUUAGUGGUGCUGCUGCAAAAUCAAUAGAAAACAAAGUUGUCGCUGUUUUUAAUGACGAGGGAAUCUUUCCGACUCCAAAAGAGUUAUUUGAUAAAGAUGACCAGUUACUUAGAUCUGCUGGGUUAUCAACGAGGAAAACUGAAUAUAUCAAUGAAAUUUGCAAAAAAUUCAUUAAUAAAGAAAUAUCAAAUGAUUUUUUUCAAACUGCUUCAGAUGAAGAAAUUUUAGAAAGAUUGAUUAGUAUCAAAGGUAUUGGAGAAUGGAGUGCAAAGAUGUUUUUGGUAUUUGGGCUGCACAAGCUCGAUGUAUUUGCACAUGAUGAUCUUGGUGUUGCAAGGGGAAUAUCUAGAUAUUUGGAAACAAGGCCUGAACUAUUACACGAUGCUAAAAAAAAUGUCGACACCACAAUUCAAAGGAAAAAAUCAAAGUUCGAUGAUGGUAAGAAAAGGGACUGGAAAGUAAUUCAUGAUUUAUAUGUACAGCACAUAGCUCAAAAUUUUGCUCCUUUUCGUUCAGCUUUUAUGUUGAUCUGUUGGAGAGCUAGUUCAACAAACAUUGAUAUUUUAUCUUAA